AUGAGGGAGAUGUGGGCAGAGCUGACCCGCCUAGGAACCAAAAUGAUGCAGCAGGCAACACAGCUACAGGUGUCACCCAAUGGGCAGAGCUCCUACCAGCCCAUCCCCAACCUCCCAGACAAAGCAGGGAUACUGCGUCCACAGCUACAGAUGUCACCCAGUGGACAGAGCUCCUACCAGCCCGUCCCCAGCCUCCCAGACAAAGCAGGGACACUGCGUCCACAGCUACAGAUGUCACCCAGUGGACAGAGCUCCUACCAGCCCGUCCCCAACCUCCAAGACAAAGCGGGGACACUGCGUCCACAGCUACAGAUGUCACCCAGUGGACAGAGCUCCUACCAGCCCGUCCCCAACCUCCAAGACAAAGCGGGGACACUGCGUCCACAGCUACAGAUGUCACCCAGUGGACAGAGCUCCUACCAGCCCGUCCCCAACCUCCAAGACAAAGCGGGGACACUGCGUCCACAGCUACAGAUGUCACCCAGUGGAAAGAGCUCCUACCAGCCCGUCCCCAACCUCCAAGUCAAAGCAGGGACACUGCGUGCACAGCCCACGCAUGAGCCACCUGCAUCCAAGGAGACCCUUCUGCAACAGCCGGACAAGGACGAGACAGUGGCUCGCCGUGUCCCACGCCUCCGGGCUGUGGUGGAGAGCCAGGCCUUCAAGAAUGUCCUGGUGGACGAAAUGGACAUGAUGCUGUCCCGCGCAGCCACCCUCAUCCAAGCCAACUGGAGGGGCUACCAGCUCCGGCAGAAGCUAAUCUCUCAGAUGAUGGCGGCCAAGGCCAUCCAGGAGGCCUGGCGACGCUUCAACACCAGGCGCCUCCUCCGGUCUGGCAAGACGAUGGAAAAAAAAGCGAAGGCGGAGGAGGGAGACAUCCCUUACCACCCGCCCCAGCUGGUACGGUUCCUGCAUCCGGAAGAGGGCAGGUCCCUUCUGACCCAUCCCACCAUGGUGAGCAAGGAGACCCAGUUCCCUUCCUCGGACAGCCUGGCCACUUAUACCCACCAGCUGGCCCUGCAGCAGUCCCAGGGCGUGUCACAGCCUGGUACGUGCUCUGUCGGAGGCCCCAGCGUCCCCUUCCUGCCACACCAGACGGUGGCCAUCAGACUUCCGUGUCCUGUGAGUCCAGAUGCGAAGGGCCGCCCAUGCCUGUUCACAAGAACCAUCAGAAGUGCCUGCCUUGUCCACGCAGAAGGGCACACGAAGACCAGGCCAGUAACUGCCAGAGCCAACAAGGCAGGAACCCCGGGGCCACCACCGUCUGGAAGGUGCGCCCAGGCAGUUCAAGGGCAACUCAAGAUCCAGACCCAGACCCACAUGGAAGCAGAGGUCCUCAAAGUGCCACCGGCAGGCCCAGCACAUGUCAUAACCAAGACCCCACUCCAGCCUUGCCCAGGGUCCACGGUAACAACCAAGACCCCACCCCAGAUAUACCUGGCAGCUCCAGUGACCAAGAUGCCACCCCAAAUGUACCCAGCAGUCCCGAUGACUAAGACCCCAGCCCAGACGUGCCCAGCAGCCACAAUGGCCAAGACCCCACCCCAGGUGUACCCCCCAGCCCCAGCCACUAAGACCCCACCCCAGACGUGCCCACCGGCCACGGUGACCAAGACCCCACUCCAGGCGUGCCUGGCGGCCAUGGUGAACAAGAUCCAACGCCAGCCAUGCCCAGGGCCCGCCAUAACCAUAACCAAGACCCCUCCCCAACCCUGCCCGGCGACCCCAGUGACCAAGACCCCAGCCCAAAUGCGGCCAUCAGGCUCAAUGACCAACACUUCACCCCAGACACGACCGGCAGCCACGAUGACCAAGGCCUCGCCCCAGUUAUUCCUGUUGGCCUCCAUGAUCAGGUCUCCAACCCAGACACAGCCGGCGGCCACAAUGACCAAGGCCCCGCCCCAGAUGUGGGCAGGGCCCGCGAUGGCCAAAGCCCCGCCCCAGACGUGGGCAGGGCCCGUGAUGGCCAAGGCCCCGCCGCAGGUGCGCCCGGCGGCCACAGUGGCCAAGACCCCACUGCAGACAUCUCAGGCGGCCACGAUGGCCAAGACCCCAUCUCAUCAGAGGUUCCAAGGAGCCUCGGUGAAUAAAACUCCUCCUCCCCAGACACGCCUGGCGGCCAUGAUCACCAAGACCCCAGCUCAGUUACGCUCGGUCGCCACCAUCCUCAGGACCCUGUGCCUGCCCCCUCCAGCAGCUGGACAUCUCAAGCCUCCAUUUUCAGCAGCGGCGGCCGCUGGCACCCCCGACUCCUCAUCCCACACGUGUCUAAGUGGACCAAAGGCCAAGGCUGUGGUGAACGCCAGGCAGGCGGCAGGGGUGGUCAAGGUCUCAUCCCGCUCGUACUUGACUGAGGGAAAAGUGAAGUGCCUCCCCCCGUCACAUCUGGGGGCUGGGGCUCCCAAGGCCCCAGCCAGGCCUCCUUUGGAAGUUGAGAAAAUCAAGGCCUUCUCCCAGAAGCAGAUGAAAACGGAAACAGUAUCUGACAGCAGUAUGGCCGUGGAAAUGCCUGGGGCUUUGUCCUGGGCAAAAGUGGCUGAGGACAGAAAUAAGCAGGCACGCCUGAGGAUGGAUGUUGUGAAGGGCCAGUCCCAGGUGUGUGUGCCCGUAGGAACAGCUGGGGCACAUCUGGGUACAGGUCUGCUUCAGGCACAACCGGCCCCAUGCACAACUACAGGCUCACCCCAAGCACACCUGCUGGCCGAGCUGACCAAGGCCCUGCCCCAGGCACAUGUGUCUACCAAGCCGACCAAGGACCCGUCCCGAGGACAUCCACCUGCCGAGCUGGCCGCAGCUCCGGCCCAAUCACAUCUGGGCAUGUGUCUGUCUAAGGCGCAGUCCCAGGCACAUCUGGCCACAGAAGCGAUAAAGGUACAGUCCCAAGUGCAUCUACGCACAGGGCUGACUAAGGCGCGGUCCCAGGCUCAACUGGUCACAGAAACAGCCAAGAGCCUCUAUGCGACCCACCAGGCUGCUGAGCUCAGCAGCAAGACCCAGUCCCAGCCACUCCUAGUUGGGUUCCAGGCCUCCACCCAGCCCUGUCAGCACGUCGGCACACUGCCCCGAGCCAAGCCAGAGGACAGACUGACCCAGCUCCCAGCCCACAGCUUCCUGCAGGGCAAGGUCAUCCAGGGCCCAUGCCAGGGGGCCUCUGAGACCCAGAACAUGCUGGUGCCUCUGCUGGCAUCUGCUGGACACACCACGUGCAAUGUCGAAUCCUGGGGGGACAGUGGGGCCACCCGGGCCCAGCCAUCAACGACCAGCCCAGCCCCGCCCUGCCAGGAGGAGCUGGCAGCCUCCCAGCUCGCUUCGCUGUGUGUGGAGCUGGCCACCUUGCUGGGUUCCCAGGAGGACCUCCGCGCCCUGCUGGCCAAAGCCCUGUCCCACGGGGAAGUGAGGGCGGCCCUGAACCAGGCCCUGUCCAAAGAAGUCUUAGGAGCCUCGAUGGCCAAGGCCCUGCCCCAGGGCAUCCUGGGCGCAGCGCUGGCGAAGGCGCUACCCUGGGGUGAACUGGGCACCACCCUGGCCCGUGCCCUGUCCCGGGGCGAGCUGUGGUCCGAACUCACUAAGGCCAUUCAGGGCAGACUGGCGGAAGUGCUCAGCAAGGCCCUGACGGAGGAGGAGCUGGCCACCUUGAACCAGGCCCUGUGUCAGGGUGAGCUGGGUGCAGUCCUCAGCCAGUCUUUGUCUCAGGCGGGCCUGAGGUCUGGAGUCGUCCUCCCCAAGGCUGCCGCGAAAACGGCGGGACGCGGGAUGCCUGUGAUGCCUACCCCAGUGGAGGUGGACUGCAGGGGGCGCCCGUCGGCCGCAUGGCGACCCACCCUGGGCCCCAUGAGACUACAGCCCAGCAAGGGCCCUGAGGACGCGGGCGUGUCUGGUGGCCAAGCGUGGAACUCCGCCGUCCCCAGUGUAGCGGUCAGGCCCCCGAACAGCACCGUGGCCCCUGGCGGCGCGUGGGAGCCAGCCAGGGGGACUGUGCCAUGGGAUGUCGUGGGCAGCAAGGCGGCGGUGGACCCCAGACGGCCGGGGGAGCUGGUGGCAUCGGUGCAGGCCGUCGAAAAGAUAAUCAUCCGCGCCGUGGUCAUCAUCCAGGCAUGUACACGUGGCUUCCUAGUGCGCCGUACCAUCAAGGUGUGGCACCAGUGGGCCAUCGUCAUCCAGGCCGCCUGGCGUGGCUACUGUGUGCGGCGGGACCUGGCCCGGCUCUGCAGAGCCGCCACGAUCAUCCAGGCUGCGUGGCGAGGCUUCCGCAUUCGCCAGAGCCACGCCCAGCAAGUACUGCUCCCAGGCAUGUGGGCUGAGAUGGGCAGCGGGGCCAGGACGACGUCUGACCACCGCUGCUUCCAGUCCUGCCAGCCACACGCCUGUAGCCUCUGCCAGUCACUGAGCUCCGGGCUGGGGAGUCCACCCAGCGUGGUGAUGCUUGUGGGUUCCAGCCCCCGCACAUGCCACACGUGCGGCCACACCCUGCCCACCCGGGUGGUGCAUGGCACGGGCCGGGGUGCUGCGGGCCAGGCCAGCAGGCCGCGGGGCUGCAUCAGCCAGUCAACCCCCCGGAGCCCCCGGCAACCCAAUCGCCAGAACAAGGCAGCCACGGCCAUCCAGUCAGCCUGGAGGGGCUUCACUGUACGCCGCCAGCUGCGGCAGCAGCAGUUAGCAGCCAAGAUGCUUCAAGCCACCUGGCGCGGCCACAGCACCCGGGCCUCGCUCACCACGGAUGCGCUCUUGGGACCAGCGAUGUGGGACAACUCGCGGCACACACAGUGGCCAGGCGUCUAG